UCUGCGGUGCACGUCAUUCGGAUACAAGACUGCAAGAUCAUAAUAUAUUCUAAUUGCCUGCGAACACAGACGGAUUGCCAGUUAAUUUUUCACGCCGCCAAAAAGUAUAAUUCGAGCCUGAAAAAGGUUCAGGCUUAAAUGGGAUUCGCGCCCAAGACCUCUACAAAUACCGGUACAGUGCUCUACCAACUUACCCGCUAGCAGAGCCGCUUCGAUCUUUCCUAAAUAGGGAGAAAUAAUCCCUCGAGUUUGGACUCCAGUUCGAGUUCGAGUUCGAGUUAGACUUCGAGUUGGACUUCGAGUGGAAGAUCGAGUUAGACUUCGAGUGGAAAUAAAUUUGACAACUCCUCUAUUACCCCAAAAAUUUGGCCUGCAGCUUGUACUUGAGGGAAUUUGAGCAAAGGAUCGUCCUUGUAGCCAUGACAACAGUGACGGAGAGCUCGAAACACUCGCUGGUACUGCCAGGCUUAAACGCGACCUUGGAGGAAACAAAAAUAGCCUAUGAUGAACGUGCUUCAAUUUGGGAACAGAUUAGCGACAACACAGGUUACAAAGGCCACAUACUGUGCGUGGAGGCGUUUGAUCGGGCCAUGCAGACGAAAGAGGUUUACCCUAAGCCGACAAAAGACAUGAAAAUCCUAGACGCCGGGGCUGGUACAGGGGCGAUCGGGGAAAUGUUCAAAGCUCGAGGGUACACCAAUGUUAACGCACUGGACAUCUCUCAGGAAAUGCUCAAUUUAGCGGCACCGAAGAACCUUUACAAGAAACUGAUCUGUGCUCCCUUAACUGACUCAUACAUGAAAGAGAUCGAGACCGCUGAAUACGACGUCGUGCUAUGCGCGGGCACCAUAGUGUACGGGCAAGUGAAACCAGGAGCGCUUGAACAGUGCGCGCGAUUUGUGAAGCCUGGCGGUUUGUUUAUCUUCUCCAUCCGUGUAGACUCGUAUGAUCCAGCAGGUCUGGGCUACAGCGACAAGUGUGUAGAGUUGGAGAAAACUGGUAAAUGGAGUCUGGUGUUAAAAGAAAAACGGGAGCUACACGCCACACCCAACGAGGAAAAAUAUCGAGAUUGUUAUCUGAUUACUUACAAAAUAUUGAAGUGAGCAGUACAGGUCGAAAAUACCUCAAGGCAAGGAGGACGGUCACUUUACAAUGGACAAGCAAAUAUUCAGUCUGAAGCUUAACUAUAUUUUGUGAAAUAGAGGCAAGCGUUAGAAUGAUUUUUGUUGUUGA